UUUUAUCCUUUUUCUUUCUUUCUUUCUUUCUUUUUUUUUUUUUUUGUCUUUUCAGGGCCUCACCCUCGGCAUAUGGAGGUUCCCAGGCUAGGGGUCCCCCAGGUUUUGGUUUCUAAUAUCAUUCUCAACAAACAACCAGGGCUGCUUGGAGAGGGGGCUCAUUCUAAGAAACGGCAUAGGAAAUAUGCAAGAUGAGCCUGGAGUAUCUUGUGCGCCCAGGAAGUAAGGAAGGGUUAAAGAACAAAUGACAGCCUAAAACACCAGUAACGCUUGUGGGGAUUUGUCAAAGGAACACGGGAACCAACUGAAAGAAGUCCCACCAGCCAUGGCGGCAACAAUUUGAGCAAGAAAAUAAGUAGUAUUGGAUUACAACCCAAAGGAUGAAAUAAAUAUCUGUGAGUUCACAGCGAUAUAAACAAAUGAUUGACUAGAUAAAUAAAUGCUGGAGAAUGAAGACAUAGCUCCCUUUCAGAAGAAUUCUGAUUCAUUUUUGCAGAUAAAGCCUCAUAGAGCGGGAGAGUCCCGGUGCUUAAGUGUGGGCUGCGUAUAGUGACUUCAAAGAAGGUGGUAUGGGAGUUCCCGUAGUAGCACAGCGGAAACGAAUCCGACUAGGAACCACGAGGUUGUGGGUUCGAUCCCUGGCCUCUCUCAGUGGGUUAAGGAUCCAACAUUGCCGCGAGCUGACGUAGAUCACAGAUGCAUCUCAGAUCUGACGUGGCUGUGGCUGUGGUGUAGACCAGCAACUAUAGCUCUGAUUCGACCCCCAGCCUGGGAACCUGCAUAGGCUGCAGGGCGACCUUAAAAAAAGGCAAAAUAAACAAACAAACAAACAAACAAACCUAGGAUGUGAGAAAGGGAUUUUUUGCCCAGGACCACCACCAUCCAAAGUACAAACUAAGUGGGGCCUUGGCUGGCCAGCCCUCCCUAAGCGGGAGCUCCCACCCAGCCUCCCAGCCACUCUCCAGCAUCAUCUGCUGCUCCCCGUCCCCUCAACUCUUCUCCUUCCCCCGUCCCAGCCUCCGCUCACAGAAGAGAAUGGGAGAGGCCAGGUGGAGGGAAGGGGGAUGGUUCAACAUGGAGAAAAGGAGUCCCCAGCCCCAAAUAAGCAAACACAGCAGGUCUCCCAUGGGCUGGGGUCCUCUAGGCACCCAGGGGUCAAGGGAGACACCCAUUGGUCAUACAUGGCAAAGGAGGCCAGCACAGCCACCCUACCUGCCCCCUUUAUUCAGAGGUCUGUCCUUCCCAUCGCCACCCCCAAAAGCUUAGAAUCGCUCUGUAGGAAAAACAGAAUUCCAUUUUGAGGUAGUUUAAGAGUCUUGAUGUGCUGCAGACGAUGUGCAGAUGGUACAGAGGUCGGGAAGGCUUCAUUUGGAAAUGCCCGGGGCAGGGUUUUAUGUGCCUGCAUCUAUGCAAAGACACAGUGUGUUCUGAAUGAUUGGGGGGGGUCCUUUUUAAUGACCCUUCCAAACCCCUGUUGGACUUCGUCAUCUCCUGUGGCCUUCACCUCCUUGCACCACACCACAGACUCCACCAUAACCCAGAAAUGCUCCACGGGUCUCCCUGCUCUCUGACAGGAGAGCGUUCCUAGGAAAACUUGAAGCCAAAAUGGCAUAAAGCAAAGAAGCAACCAUUCUGGACACCUCUCACUAAUGGGUGCACAAAACAAGCCAAGAUUAAGCUGCUCACAGACACAGUUCAAAGUGCUGGUGGCUUGAUGCUGAGAUGCUGAGUGCAGUUUCAGAGGAAGGAGCUUGGGGGUCCAGCCCUCUAGCUGCUCCGGGGGUGAGCUGCCUCGGUAAUAACUCCCUGCAAAACAAAUGCUCGAUGCUAUUUUCACUUUUCACCUUUUAGCAUGAAAGCAAAACUCCUCCUUGGAUUUCUCUCGGUCCGAAAAACGCAAGUCUCUUGUAAAAGCGAAGUGACUUAAAGUGAAAAGUGGGGGACAUGAGUAAUUCCCAUAUUUAGACCUUGAUUCGGAGUUCAGCCAUGUGUUCCCCAACCCCAUGAGAUCAAUGCUACUCAAAAUGAGGCCGGUGGGGCAGCACUCGGACAGCUAUUCACAGAAAUAAGGGCGAAAACCCUGCUUCCGUUAACCUGCUCCUAGAGGACUGUGCCAUGGCCUGGAUGCGUGUGGCCCCCAGACUUCAAACAUGGAAACCCUAACGCCCAGUGCGAUGGUACUAGAAGGUGGGGGCCUUUGGAGUGAUUAGGUCAUGAGAGCGACAUUAUAAACAUUCCUCAUUGAUCGUGCUUUGCUUUAUUGUGCGUCACAGAUGUUGCCUUUUUUUUCAAAUUGAAGGUUUGGGGCCACCCUGCAUCAGGCAAGUCAAUCGGUGCCAUUUUUUCCAACAGCAUUUGCUCACUUGUGUCUCUGUGUCACAGUUUGGCAAUUCGCACAACUUUCCAAACAUUUUCAUUAUUAUUUAUGUUAUGGUGACCUCUGAUCAGUGACCUUCGACGUUACUGUUAUAAUUGUUUGGGGGUACCACGAACUGCACCCAUAUAAGAUGGCAAACUUAAUUGAUAAUUUUUUUUUCUUUUUACAGCCAUACCGGCAGAAGGAAGUUCCCAGGCUAGGGGUCAAGUGGGAGCUGCAGCUGCCAGGCUACACCACAGCCACAGCAACACCAAAUCUGAGCCACAUCUGCAGUCUACACAGCCGUGGCAAUGCCAGAAACCCUAACCCACUGAUCGAGGCCAAGGCUUGAACCUGUAUCCUCCCAGACAGCAUGCUGGGAUUUUAACCUGCUGAGCCGCAAUAAGAACCCCUAAUUGCUAAAUGCUGUGUGUUCUGACUGCUCCACUGACUGGCUGGCCAGUCCCCCAUCUCUCUACCUUUUCUUGGGCCUCCCUAUUUCCUGAGACACAACAACAUUGAAAAUAAGCCAAUGAAUAACCCUACAAUGGCCUCUAAGAGUUCACGUGAAAGGAAGAGUUAAUUGAUGCAGAUUUCAUUGUUGUCUUAUUUUAAGAAAUUGCCUCAGCCACCCCAGCCUUCAGCAGCCACAGCCCAGAUCAGUCUGCAGCCGCCAAUAUCAAAGGCAAAACCCUCCAACAGCAAAAUGAUUACAAUGAUGGACCAAUAAAGUAUUUCCUAUUUAAGGCAUGUACAAGUUUUAGACAUAGUGCUAUUGCAAACUUAACAGACCGCAGUAUAGUGUAAACGGAACUUUUAAAAAGUAUUUUUCCUUUUUUGGCUGCCCGGUGGCAUGCAGAGUUCCCAGGCCAGGGAGAAGAUCUGAGCCGCUGUUAAGACCUAUGCCACGACCAUGACAAUGCCGGAUCCUGGGAUGGAAGCCGGGUUCUGGGGCUAUAGAGACGCCACGCCACAGUGGGGACGCCUAUACGUAAUUUUGAUAUGCACUGAGGCGACCGAAAACAUUUUGUGUUACUCACUAUUGUGUUAUUCGCUUUAUUGCAGUGGCCUGGGGCUGAACCCACAGUAUCUCCAAGGUCUGCCUUUAGUACCUCUAUAAAUGAGGCUGGAGAGCGCGCCCCUGCCCUUCGGCCCGAUAAGGACCUGUGACCUGACAGAGGACCCUCACCGACCAUGCUGGCACCCUGACCGCAGAUGCCCAGCCUCCAGAACUGUGAGAAAUAAACAUUUGUUGUUUAUAAGCCACCUAGCUUGCGGUAUUUUGUGAUGGCAGACCCAAGGGACCAAGACAGACAGUUUCUCCAACCCUGCAGCCCCCAAACUGUAAAUUAGCUGUGAAAAAUAUAUAGCCAUUCUCAGGAUCAUGAAAAGCCCUUGACACCAUGGAGGACACACAGAUCUCUUUAGCUCCAGGGCCCACAGUGGGCACCAGGCUGCCCCCCCGCACUGGGUCCUGGACAGUCCAAAAUCACACGUCCUUUUUCACUUGUUAUGGGCACACGAUAACUAAUUUCAGCACCUUUCUUUUUUCGGAAAGGUCCAACUGAGGCUCCUUACUAGCAAUACUCUAAUUGAAGGCGUCUAAAAUUUAGCGUUUGGGGAGUUCCCACCGUGGCACAGCAGAAACGCAUCUGAUGAGCGGCUGAACCUUGACCCACUGAGUGAGGCCAGGGAUUGAAGCUGUAUCCUCACAGACACGAGGAUGGGGCUUCGAUCCCUGGCUUCAUUCAGCAGGGACCCGGCAUUGCUGUGAGCUGGGGUGUAGGUCGAAGAUGCGGCUCGGAUCCUGAGUUGCCGUGCCUGUGGUGUAGGCUAGCAGCUUUAGCUCUGAUUCGACCUCCAGCCUGGGAACUUCCAUAUGCUGCAGGUGUGGCCCUAAAAAGAAAAAAAAAAAAAAAUGGCAUUUGGAAAGUAAAGUGGCAUGGAGAGUUAUAAAAAUCUCUGCUUCGGAGUUCCACUAGGAGGCCUGAUGGCCCUGAACCCCUGGCGAGCUGGCAAAACUCCUGUAUGUGCCCACGUGCCAAGAGCUGGAAUGCCCGCUAUUUGCAGGAAGGCAGCUUCGGCAGCAGGAAUGAUUAACCUUGUGUGGCGUUGAUCAUGCUGCUAUUCUUGCUUUUUUUUUUUUUUUUUUUUAAUAAAUUCCCUUUGCUUUAGCUCUAUCAUUAUCAGCUUUGUUUCGGAUUGGAGAGUUGAGGUCACGAUGUGUGGAACCGCAGAGCCGAAUUAACGUAAUUCUUGGCCUGUAGCGUUCCAGGGACUGAGACUUUAAGCUAUACGUUAUGGUGUAAAUAUUCCUUUUGCAAUAGCAGCUGUAUACACAACCCGCUCAAAAUCUGUCUGUGCAGUGAGAGCUCAAUUGUGACACGCUGUUGGUAAACAGAUGCUGUUUAAGUUACUCGCAACAUAAUCUCAACACAUGUAAAAAUAUACCUCUACACUUGGAGGACACUGUACUGGAACACAAAUCCUUGUAGACAAACGCUGCAAGAUGCGCCUUGUGUGUGUCUACAAAUCACUACCACGGAGUUGUGUUUUCCAGGUGAGGGUGGGGAGGGCAGCUGGGACGGCCGUCUCGGUCAUGUUACAGUGUCACAGAGCCUUAGAUGUCAUUCCCAGCAAGCACCUGUGUCAGUAUCUGUCCUUUUCCGGAACAGACGCUGCCCAGGUGCUCUCUGCUUGUAUGCAAAACGACACGAGGCCCCCCGGGCUCUCCCAGAACCCGGGGGGAGUCCCACACACGUGUCCUCUGCCCCAGCGUCUUCCAGCUCCUGCUCAUGCCAGAGUCAAGGCUCUUGGCACCAAGAUGAGCUGAAGACUAAGGCACCAACGGCCCCACUUCCACCUGAGUCCUGUCCACAGAAAGCUCUCCCCAGCUUUGCAUCUAGGAAGGGAGUGUCUGCAGGCCUCCGGGGUGGGGGUGGGGGCGGGGUGGGGUCUCCCCUGCUCUGUUUAUCACGCUUCACCAGGAGCCACGGUCCCUGCCGGGAGUUUUCAGGGGUUUUGAGAAGACCCCCAGGCAUAAACCAGCUCAGCUUCCCCUGACAGUGAAUUAGAGUCCAGCUUCCCCCGACGGCGAAUUAGAGCCCGGUGGGUCCAGAGGAGCAUCUGGCCUUCAGCCAGGAACAGACUAGAAAGAUGUCCCAGCCCCAAAGGGAGGAUGUGGAAACCAGUCACCUAAGCUGGCAUCAGGUGUCACCGUACUCCAACCACUCGAGUCCAGGCCAGAGGAGGCACAGUCUGCACAGGCGAGCCCCGCCAUCUGACGGCCCCCAACAUGUGAUGGUCUCCCUCUGCUCCCGCAAGGACAGACACCCCACCGCCACCCUGCCACCAGCAGGCAUUCUGUCCCCACAGGUCGUGUCCUGCUCUGAGAACUGCCAGGGGUACGGCGGCGCCAGGACAGGGAGAGGGACACAAAAGAGGCAAGAUCCAGGGGGCUUUGGCGCCUUUGUCAAGGGGCUGGGAUGGCUCCCAGGCUGCUGUCAGCCCUCAGGGCAGUUCCUGGGCGGGGCCGCUGCUGCCCCAGUGCCCGGGACAAUGACAAUCAGGCAGGCCAUGGGCUAAAGCCUCUGUUAGUGGCUUAAGCUACAGGCUGUACAUGCAAGAGCCUCACCCCACCCCCUGUGCAUUCUGUUGCUCUGCUUAGCACGAGCCCUUGAGGAGCCACCAAGUCAGAAGUUCAAGUCCCAUCCUCGCCAUGACCUCAGAAAGCCCUCAGAUCCUGCAGGCCUCAGUGUUCCCAUCUGUGAAAUGAGAGCGUUCCUCAAGACAGAAUCAAAGGGACUUUUUUGCCCUGAAUGUGAGUUCUUUUGUUCCUUUGUGCACAUGCCUGGAACCACAAAGAUCCUGUGUUACACAUAUAUGCCGCUCUCCAGGACCGCCAUGUAGCCGUGUCCUGGGUGCACACGCGAGUCAGCGUGUGCAUGUGGUGGGGGAGGGGAGACCCCAGGACAAUAUCCUUCCCCCACUCGGUCUCAAUAGGAGGAAGCCACUGGCUUCCUCCCUUUCCUGCCUCCUGCCUCCUGCGCGCUGGCAAGAUUGAGGACAGUGGGGAGAGAGGGGAAGAGAACCAGUCCAACAGUCCCCAGGCUGCGCAGCCAGCCCCAGAGUGACUGACCGUGGGCCCCGCUUGUCCUGGCUGGCCUGGCCAGCCUCCGGAGUAUGGUCUGGCUGGGACCCCCUUGGCUGCUCCGCAUCUUCUUCCUGGCUUCUCAUGUUGGCGCCGCGGUGGACCUGACGCUGCUGGCCGACCUGCGCCUGACCGAGCCCCAGCGCUUCUUCCUGACCUGCGUGUCCGGGGAGGCCGGGGCGAGCCGGGGCUCGGACGCCUGGGAGCCCCCGCUGCUGCUGGAGAAGGACGACCGCAUCGUGCGCACGCCCCGGCCCUGGCAGCCCCCGCACCUGGCCCGCAACGGCUCGCGCCAGGUGACCCUGCGCGGCUUCUCGCAGCCCUCGGACCUGGUGGGCGUCUUCUCCUGCGUGGGCGGCGCGGGGCCGCGGCGCACGCGCGUCCUCUACGUGCACAACAGCCCGGGAGCGCACCUGUUCCCGGACAAGGUCACACACACGGUGAACAGGGGGGACACGGCUGUGCUUUCGGCACGUGUGCGCAAGGAGAAGCAGACAGAUGUGCUCUGGAAGAGUAACGGAUCCUAUUUCUAUACCCUGGACUGGCACGAGGCCCAGGACGGGCGGUUCCUCCUGCAGCUCCCAGAGGUGCAGCCAUCAGCGAGCGGCAUCUACAGUGCCACCUACCUGGAAGUCAGCCCCCUGGGCAGUGCCUUCUUUCGGCUCAUUGUGCGAGGCUGUGGAGCAGGGCGCUGGGGACAAGACUGUAGCAAGGAAUGCCCAGGCUGCCUGCAUGGAGGUGUCUGCCACGACCAGGACGGCGAGUGUGUGUGCCCCCCUGGAUUCACUGGUACCCGCUGUGAGCAGGCCUGCAGAGAGGGCCGUUUUGGGCAGAGCUGCCAGGAGCAGUGCCCGGGCACAUCAGGCUGCCGGGGCCUCACCUUCUGCCUCCCGGACCCCUAUGGCUGUUCUUGCGGAUCUGGCUGGAGAGGAAGCCAGUGCCAGGAAGCCUGUGCCCCAGGUCGCUUUGGGGCCGACUGCCGCCUCCAGUGCCAGUGUCAGAACGGCGGCACCUGUGACCGCUUCAGCGGCUGCGUCUGCCCCUCGGGGUGGCAUGGAAUGCACUGCGAGAAGUCAGACCGGAUCCCCCAGAUCCUGGACAUGGUUUCAGACCUGGAGUUCAAUUUGGAGACGACGCCCCGGAUCAGCUGUGCGGCCGCGGGGAACCCCUUCCCAGGACGGGGCAGCAUGCAGCUCCGCAAGCCGGACGGCACGGUGCUCCCGUCCACCAAGGCCAUUGUGGAGCCAGAUAGGACCACAGCCGAGUUUGAGGUGCCCCGCUUGGCUCUUCAGGACAGUGGGCUCUGGGAGUGCCGCGUGUCCACGUCUGGUGGCCAAGACAGCCGACGCUUCAGGGUCAGUGUUAAAGUGCCCCCAGUGCCCCUGAGCGCCCCCCGGCUCCUGGCCAAGCAGAGCCGCCAGCUCUUGGUCUCGCCGCUGGUCUCCUUCUCUGGGGACGGACCCAUCGCCUCCGUCCGCCUGCACUACCGGCCCCAGGACAGCACCAUGGCCUGGUCCACCAUCGUGGUGGACCCCAGUGAGAACGUGACCUUGGUGAACCUGAGGCCGAAGACAGGCUACAGCGUCCGCGCGCAGCUGAACCGGCCAGGGGAAGGCGGGGAGGGGGCCUGGGGGCCUCCCGCCCUCAUGACCACCGACUGUCCUGAGCCCCUGUUGCAGCCACGGCUAGAGGGCUGGCAUGUGGAGGGCCCCGACCGGCUGCGAGUGAGCUGGUCCUUACCCUCGGUGCCGGGGCCACUGGUGGGCGAUGGUUUCCUGCUGCGCCUGUGGGACGGGGCCCGGGGACAGGAGCGGCGGGAGAACGUCUCGUCCCCCCAGGCCCGCACCGCCCUCCUGACGGGACUCACGCCUGGGACCCACUACCAGCUGGACGUGCGGCUGUACCACUGUACCCUCCUGGGCCCAGCCUCACCCCCUGCGCGCGUGCUUCUGCCCCCCAGCGGUAUGCUCGGGAAGGGGACCCCCAGCCCCCGACACCUCCACGCCCAGGCGCUUUCAGACUCGGAGAUCCAGCUGGUGUGGCAGCGCCCAGAGGCUCCGGCUGGGCCUAUAUCCAAGUACAUCGUGGAGGUGCAGGUGGCCGGGGGCUCAGGAGACCCGCUGUGGAUGGACGUGGACAGGCCCGAGGAGACGAGCACCAUCGUCCGCGGCCUCAACGCCAGCACGCGCUACCUGUUCCGCGUGCGGGCCAGCGUCCAGGGCCCCGGUGACUGGAGCAACGUGGUAGAGGAGUCCACGUUGGGCAACGGGCUGCAGAGCGAGCGUCCCGUCCAGGAGGUGCAGGCCGUGGAAGAGGGCCUGGAUCCGCAGCUGGUCCUGGCUGUGGUGGGCUCGGUGUCCGCCACCUGCCUCACCAUCCUGGCUGCCCUCUUAACCCUGGCGUGCAUCCGCAGGAGCUGCCUGCAUCGCAGACGCACCUUCACCUACCAGUCGGGAUCGGGCGAGGAGACCAUCCUGCAGUUCAGCUCAGGCACCUUGACACUGACCCGGCGGCCAAAACCACCGCCUGAGCCCCUGAGUUACCCGGUGCUGGAGUGGGAGGACAUCACCUUUGAGGACCUCAUUGGGGAGGGCAACUUCGGCCAGGUCAUCCGGGCCAUGAUCAAGAAGGACGGGCUCAAGAUGAACGCGGCCAUCAAGAUGCUGAAAGAGUACGCCUCUGAAAAUGACCAUCGUGACUUCGCGGGAGAACUGGAAGUACUGUGCAAAUUGGGGCAUCACCCCAACAUCAUCAACCUUCUGGGAGCCUGUGAGAACCGAGGUUACUUGUAUAUCGCUAUCGAAUAUGCCCCCUAUGGGAACCUGCUCGAUUUUCUGCGGAAGAGCCGCGUUCUGGAAACUGACCCAGCUUUUGCCCGGGAACAUGGAACAGCCUCCACCCUCAGCUCCCGGCAGCUGCUGCGUUUUGCCAGUGAUGCUGCCAAUGGCAUGCAGUACCUGAGUGAGAAACAGUUCAUCCACAGGGACCUGGCUGCCCGGAAUGUGCUGGUUGGAGAGAACCUGGCCUCCAAGAUCGCAGACUUCGGCCUUUCUCGAGGGGAGGAGGUUUACGUGAAGAAGACGAUGGGGCGUCUCCCCGUGCGCUGGAUGGCCAUCGAGUCCCUGAACUACAGCGUCUAUACCACCAAGAGUGACGUUUGGUCCUUUGGGGUCCUCCUCUGGGAGAUCGUGAGCCUCGGGGGCACCCCGUACUGCGGCAUGACCUGCGCCGAGCUCUACGAGAAGCUGCCACAGGGCUACCGCAUGGAGCAGCCUCGCAACUGUGACGAUGAAGUGUACGAGCUGAUGCGCCAGUGCUGGCGGGACCGUCCCUACGAGCGACCUCCCUUUGCCCAGAUCGCGCUGCAGCUGGGCCGAAUGCUGGAAGCCAGGAAGGCCUACGUAAACAUGUCACUGUUUGAGAACUUCACGUACGCGGGCAUCGAUGCCACGGCGGAGGAGGCCUGAGCCGCUGUCAGGCCAGAACCUGGCUCUGCUGGCCAGAGCAGACUCGGCUCUCCAACCUGUGACUUCUGCUCCUUGUCGCCUGAACUGCCUCAAGGAAUUGUUUUUUAACUUAAGGGAAAAAAAGAGGGAUCUGGGGAUGGGAUGGGAUGGGGGGCGUUGGGGCCUCAACCUUUGCCAUUGCUCCUGCUGCCCCCGCAUUGCUUACCCCUCCCCUCACACCUCUCCUCCUAGUUCAGCUGCUGCACGUUUGUGCUCUUCAGCUCCCUGCACUCGAACCCCUGCUGCUUCAGCCCCUCCAGCCAAGCCAGCCCUCACACCCCUAACAAGUCCUGUUCCGCUGCGCCCCACCCCCAGCCUUGUAAUCAGAACAAAUAAAUGUCCUGAGACGCUCCGUUCAA